GCGCUGCUGCUUAUGGUAGCGGCAGCGGACGCGGGACAUCAACACUGCGAGUGGUGAGGGAGAUUCCAACACUGAGAAAGCUAGUAGCAGGAUUCGGUUAAUGCCCCUUCUGGGUGAACGCAGUAGUGGAAGCGGCAGCUAUCUAGCCUAACUUGGCCUUUGACGGCAGCUACCACUGUGAUGGCUGUGUGACGACCGUGUGCUGGCGGCUAAAACUGCAAAUAUUCACUAUCUGCCUGUAACCGUUUUUUUCUGUGCGCGUAUAUCUACCUAUCUGUGAUUGGAUAGAUCGUGCGUUAUCUUCGUGUUGUGGUACAAUCGUACAAUCGCAGCGUCAACGUAUCGUUGCUGCAUCGGUGCCGUCUUUGCGGUUCAAUUAUCUAUAUUGUUGUAUCUGGUAGUCAACGAGUAUCGCUGCUCACCAAGGCCGUGAAGCUUAGUUGAGCACGUCAAGCAGACAACAGUAACGAUAAUCAAUGAAAAACAGUUGCAGAUAUCAUGACGACGGCGCUGAUGAUUAUAUGUUAUGAUGAUGCUGCUAUUGUUACCGGAAGCGGAGCAACUUAAGUGAGACUUCCUGGUGAGAAACUAAAAGGGUAUCAACCUUCGUAGGAUAGCGGUAGUCGUAACUGGCUCGCACAACGUUAAAGAUAACGAACAGAAGAAGCCAACAAGCGUGUUUGGUCACAAAAGUGUCAAGUGAGGACCGCACUGAGUAUGAAAUUAGAGCGUAAUCCCAUCGGCGUCGUUGCAUUCAUCGUGAUACACAGUCGCGUUUCAGAAAUUGUGACAGCGAAGUAACGAGCUUCAACCCUCGCUCUCGCAUUUGCACGAUAAUAAAGACAAAUAACGGGCAAACGGAUAAUUCUUAGGCAAAUGCCCGCAUCAAACUGAUCACUAUGAAGCUGAUGCGCUGGGUCGAACAACACAUCCGUGUGGGUCGCAAGAAAGAUAAGGAUAACCAAAACAGCCAACGGGGCUCCAGGGGGAGCAAGCAAAAGGGGCCUCGUAGUGCUAGCGUAGAAUCAGGCUCGAUUCUGAAAUUGCAGGAGUGUGACCUUGCAAAUACCAUACGAGAGCAGACGUCAUCGACUGUGGACUCAUUGCUUGGUCCACUGUAUAAUCCGUCAGGAACAGGCGCUGAGACAGGACGACAAUUAUUUAACAAAACUCCAGAAUCAUUGUGUUGCAAAGGCUCAAGCGUUGGAGGCUCUUCAGAGAUUCUUAACGCAGGCGAGCAUUAUGGAGAUUCCCUGCCAUAUGUUGAUCAAGGGCUGGAAUCGUUUCAUCGGCGAUUGCACCAGUCGACAGAUCUCGACAAAAAAUUCGAAUUACCGCCGAAUCAUUCGAAGGUUCUUGACUCGGACUCAUUAGCUGGCAGCGCAAGUGUCUAUGCCGAAAUACCUGACACCCCACCUCCUCCAGCUCCCCCCUCUAUUGCCAAUCGUAUACCCCUUCAACAUAUUCGGCAUAUAGGACAGAAGCAGCAGCAACAGCAGCAACAGCAAAUAAUAACAGGGGCAGAUAUACACUCUACGGCAGCUUCGUCGAGCAGCACCGAGGUUCAGGCUGCACGUGAACGAAGCCGUAUCAAGACCAACCCUUGGUUAUUGACUUCACUUGGCUCCCCCAUCCGCAGUCCCUGCUGCUCUUCUUCGGCGUCGGCAGAUUCUGGUGCGUGGACGGCGACCUCAAGCGAUCGUUCAGGAGCAUCAGCCCGCAGCGGACAGAGCAGUGCUCUUGGCGUAUCCAAGGAUCAUGCAGGAGGACAUGUACAAAUUACUACGCACAUCGGAUCCCCUGAUACCGUAGCUCAUGAUUGGUACUACGCAGGAUCUGGGUCCUCGACGGCUUCUUUAGCCAAACGUUCUUCAGCGUCAUCAGCUUCGUGCUCCAACUCCGGGACCUCAGGUCUCGUUGGCGGCCGAUCGCAUAUAGGUGCAACAGCCUUUGCUCUAUAUCAGAACGUUCUUACCGAGGAUCAACUACUUGGACUAGCUGGAACGUCGAACGGUGACUGCAGGCCGGCUCUAUUUAGGUACCCAUCAGGAACACGUCUGACAUCCGUUGGAUCGAGGAGCGUCCGAGCGUCUGGCCGACCUGAGAGCGCACGUACACAUAGAAAGAGUUAUUUCAGCCCCGGCUAUAAUCUUGACCCCGCGGAGCUCACGUCAUCUGAGGAUGAGGCCUACUCGGACGGCUACCAAACGGAGAGCGGCGGAAGUGAUGUCAUCACCGUGCGAAGAAUGUUACGUGAAGAUGCAUCCCUUCUUAGCCAGUUCAGUCAGGGCGAAUCAGGGUUUGAAUCGCAGCUUACGACACCGGUAUCUUUGGAUGAAGAAUCCAAUUCAAGUCAUUCUACACAGGCUCAGGGGAGCCAAUCUGUGGCUAAAGGACAACUACGAUCUGCUCGUGAAAAAAGUCAGACGCAUACACCAGUCAGAGGCCGAAGGGGAACCUCUCAACAGCAUCAGGCUUGUGGAAGCCCUCUGCGUGGGCUAUCGGGCGCAGGAAACAUCCUCGGUCCUGAUCGCGUUGACGUCUGCUCGCUUUCUUUAGCUAAGAAAAUGCAGCGUCUACGUAAUGAACGGGAGGCCCUGUGCGCUAAGAUUCGCGAUGUUCGUUCGGAGGAGCAUAUCAGUAGACAGGAAAAAUUAUUGCUACAUCGUGAAUUGCUACAGUUUAAGCAGUUCCUUUUGAUGCGUACAUUGGAAAACAUCGGGUCAGAAUUGAAUCUGAGCAGGGGUCCGUGUCAGAUGGGGAGCCCUCGUCCGUCACGCGGAGAGGCUGGUGGUCUGGGGGGAGCGGCCGUCCGAGGGGUCAGUCCAGCAUUGACUCAUAGCCCACCAUCUCAAAGAAGAGCUAGCACUUCAAAUGCUCCCCUCCAGAUGAGUCCACAAAUCGCCAGACAGCAACCGGCACCGCGGGUACCUCCUCAUCAAAGUCCCCGUCUGAUGCAAAGUUCUCUUUGUUCACCACUACGACGAGGGACGUGUCCUACAAACGUUGCCGCGGCGAUGCCUUUAAACGGACAUAGCCAUGUUCCGGUUAGUCCUAUGGUAGGACUCGGUAAUCCACGGAGUCCUCGCACACCUCGAAUGGGCCGUCAAAGGUGUCUUACUACAGGACAGGUACAUAAUCAAGGUCAUUUGAUAGGUCCGUCAACGAUUGCAACCAACUUGGGUCACUCGGGGUUACCUAGUCCCUCCAAAGGUGCGUGCUCCCAGCUGUUGAAAAGCCCUCAGUUAAGAUCAAGUCCACAGGGGAGUCCUCACACACCACGCAUGGGACCUCCACUUUACGCCAAACCUCGCGGAGUGCCCCGCACAACGACCAUAGAUUUCAAGGCAUUUUCAACCCAACCCAACGCACGAAGGCUGUCGGAAGGAGCCUAAACACCUACCGCAGAACGUUGGCUAGAAAUUUAUUCCACUGACAAUAACUUUGUAAGUAUAAUUAGCUGGUAGAAAUAGGAAAUUAUAAUUUCUGGUGAGCAUAUAUAUAUAUAUAUACCAAUGUAUGUAUAACUUCAGGGAUUUGUGAAAGCUUCUGCUAAUUAGAUAAGCUGGUACGCUGCCUGUGCGGAUCACUUCUCGAAUACUAAAGGAUUCUAGUUUUCCGAUAAGAUUCGAUGAAUAUUGCAGUGGUUCAGGAAUAAUUACUUCAACAGUAUUGUCCCUUCUCCGUUUCCGAUACCAAGUGAAAAGCUUAAAUUAUACCGCUCAAUAUUACAGAAAGAACGCAAUGGCUGUAAAUAUUCGCAUGCACCAGUUAAUGAAUAGCUAUUAUCGUAAGCCAAUUCAUGCAUUUGCCUAAGGGCAAAAUUUCAUAAAAAACAGAACAAGCUUUCAACGACGAUCUGGCGAAGUAAUCUAUUCCAAAGGUAACAAAUAUACAAGAACGCCUAUAAAAUGUACAACCUCAUAUGCGCAAAAGACCCCCUAAUGUACAAAAAGAAAGAAAAAAAAACUGUCUGCAAAUUCAACCAAAUAACUCGAAUGCGUUCUGUUUUUACUUGGCCUUUAGUUCCCUAAUUGACUAGAGACUAUAGGGUGCUACGUAGAUCUACUACCUCUUGUGCUUACAGUUGGUACCGUGUACAUGAUUGGUGCCAGGACAAUAACAGGCAGAUAAUAACAUUCAUAAAAUUAACCCUAUUAUAUCUAAGUUGAUUCUGAGACGAUCUUGUUAAUUACUCCGACAUGACGAGAUCAGCACAUAUCUAUUUCGCAGCUACCAUACACGGCUCAUCUGAAACAACAAACACAUCCAUAUACAGACAUUUACUGAUUACAUAGAUACGUAAUACAUUUUACGUUUUGGUCGGCGGUUGAAAUUUAACCGCACCUUAGCGUCGCCAUUGAAACAUAAUUAUCACAAUUUACAUAGACGUCAUUUAUCCAGCGGGAAUAAAUUUAAUCGUUGAGAUCAUCAUUUUCAAUGAACUCGAACGCACGCGUUACAGUAUGUCGACCUGUAUUCAGUGUGAACAUGAUCAUGUGUACAUAACAGCCAUAUAUAUACAUUAAAUAUAUAUAUAUAUAUAUAUGCCAUUACGAGACGAACCGAUAAGUUACACAUAUGUGCAAUAUUUGAUGUAGCAAAGAAGAACCUAGAUAAAGGAACGCUAACGUGAGCAGGCCGAUGAUAACUGAAGACUACGAUCAGAUUCAAAGGCCGGCGAGACGCUCAGAGAACCGACCCAGGGAAAAAUACAGACAAUAUAUAUAUAUAUAUAUAUGAGCCAUACUCUAAUUGAUCAUCGACCGUCGAUAUAAACGUUGGUGUGAGUCUAUUUGGGCAUCUGUCAAGAAAUUAUAUGAUAAUUGAGCUUUAAAAAUUAAGUUUCUCAAAACACCUCAUUGAAUGCAGUUAUGGUCUCUAUGAAGGCAGUAUAAUGACCUAACCGCAAUGAGUAGAGAUACAUAACAUAUAUUAGCUCCUCCCUCGAGUCGGUUUUACCUAGAUGGAUGAUGGACUCCUUUCGGAGACGUGUGUAGACGGCCGACCUGCCGGUGACAUUGCACGUUUUCCGUGCACCGAUGCCCGGUUUACCUUAGGAUGAUGUCUCAGGUGAGGUCUUAUUCCGAGACACUGUAACGUACAUCGUUCAAAAUCGAAUCUCACUGCCGAACGAACGACGAAGAGAAACAACCAGCCAUAACGCAUAUAUUAGGAAUAAUUAUAGCUAAGAGGUGGAUGAUAUUUGUGCAAUGUAAAACAGUCACACAUCCUGCAGUGAUUGGUGACCGUGCAAUAUAUACAAACUCGAUGGCUAUGAAAAAAGAUCAAUCUCAUCCGAAUUCAGACAUAAUACACAUGUCAACAACAGGAAAAAUACAAGCACUAUAUAUAUAUAUAUAUAUAUAUAUAUAUAUAUAUACUAUUAUAAUCGUGGCGAGAAGAGAAAUUUUGGUACUACACUGUGGAAUAAAUAAAAAGU